AGGCACUUUUGGGAGCGGAAGACUUCAACAUGGCAGCGGCUGGCAAGUUCGAACCCUUCCUCGAGGACGGAGACGAGGAUUUCGAAUCGUACAUCGAGCGGUUCGAGCACUUCCUUCGGGCGACCCAGGUGAGCGACAACCUCAAAGUUUCGGUGUUGAUUACCGCUAUUGGGAAGAAAACCUAUCGCACGCUUAAAAAUCUACUAGCUCCCACGAAGCCCGAGGAGAAAGAAUAUGCGCAACUAAUUCAAGCCCUCAAGAAGCAUUAUGCUCCGGAACCCAUGGUCAUAGCGGAACGUUUCCGAUUCAACCGCCGGAUUCAGCAGGACACAGAACCGGUGGCGGGCUUUGCGUUGGAAUUGAAGAGUAUGGCUGCCUCCUGCAAUUUCGGGGUAUUUGUGGAUGAAGCUUUGCGGGACCGUUUCGUGGCCGGGCUGAAAGACGAGAUAACGCAAGCAGAGCUUCUGAAGAGGGCCACACUGACGUUUGCAGAGGCGUGCGAACUAGCUCGAAGUAUUGAACUAGCCCGUUCCGAGACGAAGAAAUUCCAGCCGGAGGGGCAAGAACUGGGUGUCCACGCCGUACAACGACAAACUCUGAGUUCAAGGUCGGGACAGCCGCGGGGAGACUACAUGGAAACCAGAGCAGCGAAAUAAACAACCGGUUGGGCUUGUUACCGCUGCGGAGCCACCUCCCACACCGACGAAAGGUGCCCGUUCAGGAAAUACCGCUGCCGCGCCUGCAAACGAGUGGGCCACUUGGCAAGAGUGUGCCGGUCGUCCGGCAGCACAGCGCACUAUGCGGAGGACAGUAGUGGUGAGGACAAUCUUUUGCUGCAGAAUGUAUUUUCGUGUAACGAGAGUGUCCGAAACUAUACUGUAAACCUACGGGUCGGGGGUCGUAAUGUGCCGAUGCAGAUAGAUACGGGCGCGUCUGUUUCUAUCAUCCCCGAGACUCUCUAUCAGCGACACUGGGCCGGGCGACCGUUGUUGCCGUGUAGCAUAAAGCUAAAAGCCUAUGGGGGAACGCCGUUAGCGGUUCUGGGCAAGCUGAUGAUGCCGGUAGAGCACAACAACCAGACAGCGACACUGCCUCUGAUCGUUGUCCGUACGUUGCAAAAGAGUGAGACUGCGUUGCUAGGGCGAGACUGGUUGGAAUCUCUUAAAUUGGAUUGGUUGAGUGUGGGUAGGGUGGCGAUCGAUCGAGUAGCUAGCUUGCUUGAAAGGUUCUCGGAAGUGUUUGAACCAGAGCUCGGACAGAUAACGGAUUGUCAAGUAAGCUUGUUGCUGAAGGAUGGCACAACACCGGUCUUUUGUAAACCUCGACCGGUGCCCUUCGCACUCCGAGAUCCCGUUUCCCAACAAUUGAGGGCCUGGCAGAACGCAGGGGUGAUUGUUCCCGUCCUAAAAAGCGACUGGGCCACGCCGCUGGUGGUGGUUCCAAAAGGAGACAAAACGGUCAGGAUUUGCGGAGACUACAGAAUGACGGUGAAUCCCUGCUUGCGCACCGAUCAUUAUCCGCUGCCAGUCAUGGAAGAUUUGUUUGUAGCCUUGCAUGGGUGCAAAUAUUUCACUGUGCUGGACCUUUCAACCGCAUAUCAGCAGCUGCAGUUGCACCCUGACUCGCAGUCUUUGCUCACGAUAAAUACGCACAUGGGGCUGUUUAAGUUUACGCGCCUACCGUAUGGGAUAACCAGUGCACCCU